AAAGCAGUAUCAUCAUCGCACGUGGAGUGAACGCUUUGGYCUGGCUGCAAGCUUAGGAGUUUACGGGAGCUAAAGCGCUGUUACUGAGGAAAACAAUAUAACAUUUCGCCUGUUGUUGCAUAUUCCAAGCCAGGGGAUCAACUAAAUAGUCCUCCGUGAAGCAUUUCGCCGAGAGGGCCGGAAUACCAGAAAUAAAAAUAAUCAACAAUGAGUGAACCACAAGUAAACCCGAAGGCCUACCCCUUGGCCGACGCCACUCUGACCAAAACCAUCUUGGACCUGGUGCAGCAAGCUUCAAACUACAAACAGCUGAGGAAAGGAGCCAACGAAGCCACGAAGACCCUAAACAGAGGCAUCGCUGAGUUUAUCGUCAUGGCUGCCGAUGCCGAACCACUGGAGAUCAUCCUCCACCUUCCACUGCUCUGCGAGGACAAGAAUGUCCCGUAUGUGUUUGUCCGCUCCAAGCAGGCACUGGGCCGGGCCUGUGGGGUGUCACGUCCCGUCAUCGCUACCUCAGUCACCAUAAAGGAGGGYUCUCAGCUCAAACCGCAGAUUCAGUCUGUUCAGAUGGCCAUCGAGAGACUGUUGGUGUGAUWUU